CUGAGGGGUCCUGAGCGUCACUCACGUACGCACGUGUGUGGUAACCAUGGCGGAGCUGCAGAUGAAGCUCCUUCGUAAGAAGAUCCAGAAGAGAAGCGAGAAGGACCGAGAGCGCAAACUGCAGAAGCAGCAGCGGAGAGCAGAAGCAGGUGGAGCGGCUGAUGGAGCAGGUGGAGUGGGUCUGAACUUGAAUGGCCUCCAGGAGGAGGAGGAGGAGGUCCCCAGAGAACCAGAGGAGAACCAGGAGGAAGAAGAGGGAGCAGUGGAAGGAACCAGCACAGACGAAACUCCAAUGAAGAAGAAGAAGAAAAAGAAAAGGAAGCAGCUGCCUGAUGGUGCUGAACCUCCAGCUGUGAAGAAGUGCAAAACUGUAAAGGCAGAAGAGGAGGAGGAGGAAGAGGCUGAAGUAGCAGAUGAGAAUGGAGAGACAGCUGCUGAGAAACCUGAGGAAGAGGAGGAGGAGCCUGAGCUGCCGUGUGGAUUAACAGGGGCGUUCGAGGACACGUCGUUUGCCUCUCUCGCCAGCUUGGUGAGCGAGAACACACUGAAGGGAGUGAAGGACAUGGGCUUCGAGCACAUGACCGAGAUCCAGCACAAAAGUAUCCGCCCUCUGCUGGAGGGAAGGGAUGUCCUGGCUGCCGCUAAGACGGGCAGCGGGAAAACUCUGGCCUUCCUCAUUCCGUGCAUCGAGCUCAUCUACAAACUCAAGUUCAUGCCCAGGAAUGGCACCGGCGUCAUCAUCCUCUCUCCUACACGCGAGCUGGCCAUGCAGACGUACGGCGUGCUGAAGGAACUGAUGACGCACCACGUACACACUUACGGUCUGAUCAUGGGAGGCAGCAACCGCUCAGCCGAGGCCCAGAAACUCGCCAACGGCGUCAACAUCGUGGUGGCCACGCCCGGGCGCCUCCUGGACCACCUGCAGAACACACCCGGCUUCAUGUACAAGAACCUGCAGUGUCUGAUCAUCGACGAGGCCGACCGGAUCCUGGAGGUGGGCUUCGAGGAGGAGCUGAAGCAGAUCAUCAAACUGCUGCCCAAGCGGCGGCAGACGAUGCUUUUUUCAGCCACUCAGACCCGGAAGGUGGAGGACUUGGCUCGCAUCUCCCUGAAGAAGGAGCCGCUCUAUGUUGGGGUGGACGACAACAAAGACAAAGCCACAGUGGACGGCCUCGAGCAGGGAUACGGGUGUCCGUCAGAGAAGCGCUUCCUGCUGCUCUUCACCUUCUUGAAGAAGAAUCGCAAGAAGAAGCUGAUGGUCUUCUUCUCUUCCUGCAUGUCGGUCAAAUUCCACUACGAGUUGCUCAACUACAUCGACCUGCCCGUCAUGGCCAUCCAUGGCAAACAGAAGCAGACCAAACGUACCACCACCUUCUUCCAGUUCUGCAACGCCGACUCCGGCAUCCUGCUGUGCACAGAUGUGGCAGCUCGAGGCCUGGACAUCCCCGAGGUGGACUGGAUCGUCCAGUACGACCCUCCAGAUGAUCCCAAGGAGUACAUCCACAGAGUGGGCCGAACCGCCAGAGGCAUCAACGGCCGAGGCCACGCACUCCUCAUCCUCCGGCCAGAGGAACUUGGCUUCCUGCGCUUCCUCAAACAGGCCAAGGUCCCACUGAGCGAGUUUGAAUUUUCCUGGACUAAAAUCUCUGAUAUACAGUCUCAGCUGGAGAAACUGAUCGAAAAGAACUAUUACCUCCACAAGUCCGCCCAGGAGGCCUACAAGUCCUACGUGAGGGCUUACGAUUCCCACUCGCUCAAACAGAUCUACGACGUCAACACCCUGAACCUCCCCAUGGUGGCGCUCUCCUUCGGCUUCAAAGUUCCUCCAUAUGUUGAUCUCAACGUGCACAGCAGCAAAGGAGCGAAGCUGCAGAAGCGCGGCGGUGGCGGCGGUUUUGGAUACCAGAAGUCCAAAAACGUGCAGAAAUCCAAAAUCUUCAAACACGUGAACAAAGGAAAGAGCGACAGGAGGCAGUUCUCCCGCUGAGCCUCGCACCCCCCCCCCAAAUCCCUCGAACUUCCUGCUCCUGAGCGAGCGGACUGAACUGUCUCCCCUCAGACGUCGUGUUUGUCAUUUAAAAGAUAUUUUUGUAAAUGUUAUCAAUUACCAGCUAAAAAUUCUCUUUUCUUUAUUGCAUUUGCAGCAUAUUAAACCUCUAACAGGCUGAA